GUUACUUCAAGGUCACUUCUGGGCUGUUCGUGAAUUAUUGUUUACGGAGUUUUUAGUUCCCAACCUGUUCAAUAUAACAAUAAAAUUUCAGCCUGCGAUUCGGUGCUCUUUGCAAAGAAACAAUCGUAUUAUCUGUUUAUACGAUAUUGAUGAGUUAUCUAUGUUUAGAUCGCGUAUCAACCUCAUUUUUAUCUCGUUUCAUAAACUCCCCAAUCAGUUCCAUACUUCAUCCAACAAAGUGAGAAGCUUGGCGAAAAUUCCUGUUAGUCCAGUAACAUAUCAAGUUUUUUUAGGUGGACUUUCUUGUGGAAUUUUUGCAAUUGCUUGGAUUUCAAAGUCUAAGAAGCCGCGUAUCAUUACACUAGAGGAACUUGCUCAGCAUAACUGUAAGGAACGUGGAGUUUGGGUCUCUCUUAAAGGUAAAGUGUACGAUGUUACAAGUUUUGUUGACGAUCAUCCUGGGGGUGACAAAAUUCUUUUGGCCGCUGGGUCUGAUGUCUCUUCAUUUUGGUCCGUUUAUGCAUUUCACUACCAGAGUCAUGUCUUGAAAAUACUAGAGAAGUACUAUAUUGGAGAACUUGACAAAUCGGACUUUGUCGAAGAAGAAGACAAUGAAGAUAUAUAUAGUUCUGAUCCUCAGAGAAAUCCGGAUUUGAAAGUGCUUUCACAGCGUCCUUUCAAUGCGGAAACUCCUCUCUCAUCAAUAUGUAGCAACCCAAUAACUCCUACUGAUUUAUUUUUUGUAAGAAACCACCUUCCUGUUCCUGAUGUUGAUCCCGAGACAUAUAGACUUGAAAUAGCUUCUUCGGUUAUAAAAGUUAACAAUCAACCACUGAAUUUGUCUUUAAAAUUAGAAGAUAUUCUAAAGAAUUAUCCUCGUAAAAGUUUAGUAUCUACCAUUGUUUGCGCUGGGAACCGACGAUCAGAUAUGAUCAAGUAUGAUAUAAAAAAGGCUGAAUUAGAAGAACGUAGUCCUUAUGUGAAAGGCUUAUCGUGGUCUGAGGGAGCGAUUUCUACGGCAGAGUGGACUGGUGUACCGUUAGUGGACCUAUUGGCUUAUCAUCUGUUGCCUUCAAACCAAAGAACAAACUAUCAAGCACUCUACGAAUUGCUUAAAAAUGCAGGUGUACGUCACAUUCGAUUUGAUGGACUGGAUAUAGAUCCUACUGGUGGAGCUUUUGGUUCAUCAUUACCAAUUGAUUUAGCUUUAGAUCCUCAGAGGGAGGUAAUCAUUGCUUUCGAAAUGAACAAUAAGCCAUUAACUCGGGAUCAUGGUUUCCCAUUGAGAAUUAUCAUACCUGGUUCUAUUGGAGCUCGUCAAGUUAAAUGGCUAGGUCAAAUUACAUUAUCAACAGACGAAAGUGAAAGCUUUUGGCAGCAGGGUGAUUAUAAAUAUGUUCUACCGAUGGGUGAUGGUAAAGUCGCAGAUCUAAAGGGCUUACCGGCUAUUUUGGAUUAUCCUGUUCAGUCAGUUAUUUGUAAACCUUCUGAUGGCCAAACUCUCAAAAACACUGGGAGUGUAAGUUUGUCAGGCUAUGCAUUCAGCGGAGGUGGGCGUGGGAUCAUUUCUGUUCGCAUUUCUUCGGAUGGUGGCAGGUCUUGGUAUGAAGCGAAAUUGUCACCAGCCAGUCCUCCUGCAGCAGAAGGUGAUGUAACAGACAUAGACAAUCCUCAUUCUUUAAAAAACCGGAGCGUAAAACAAUGGGCGUGGACAAUAUGGACUGUGGAGGUUCCUAUUCCAAAAGAUAUUCGUGAAGUAGAGUUUGUGUGUUCGGCUGUUGAUAGCUCUUACAACACCCAACCGGAAUUCUGCUCAGCUACUUUAAACAUUCGCGGCUUAUUGUCAAACUGUUGGCACAGAAUCAAUGUUAAAUUCGACGCUUCAAGCUGAAAAACUUGAUUUUGAUCUAUAAUUACUUCUUUGCAAGAAUAAUUUUGAUUUUUAGAUAACGCUUUUGUUAAAAUAUAUUUUUAUAUUUUUGG